AUGGUGACGGUGGUAAACAGUAAGGCCGACGUCCUGAAGGCCACCCAGGCUCUGCAGGUGAACUGUAACGCUGCGAAAUCCCUGCAGGACAUUAUGAAGUCAAAUCUCGGGCCGCGGGGCACGCUGAAAAUGCUGGUGGGCGGAGCAGGACAAAUCAAAAUCACCAAAGACGGCAAGGCGCUCCUGGACGAAAUGCAGAUCCAACACCCCACUGCCUGCAUGAUCGCGCGCGCAGCCACCGCACAGGACGACAUGACAGGUAAAAUGUGGAUGCGUAGUCUUCCUGAGGGCUUUAGAGGAGGGCACAGGAAUAAAUUUUUCCUCGGCCAUUCCAUCCAGUGCGAUGCACGCCUUUGCAUGAGCACAGCCGCUUGAUCUCUCUUGCUUGCGUAGGUACGAAACAUUUUUGUAGAUCCAAUCUAUCGCCCCAUACAAUAAAACUGAAACAGGUGACGGCACCACAAGCAACGUGCUAUUCACGGGGGAAUUGAUGAAAUUAAGCGAACAAUAUUUAAGCGAAGGGUUGCAUCCCAGAAUGAUUGUCGAGGGGUUCGAUCUUGCCAGAGACGAGGUUCUGAAGUUCCUGGAGACCUUCAAGGUACGUUUAGAGGACGUUUCAUUGAACAACCGGCUUUGGAUGUAGAAGUGUUUGAACUUCCACAGCAUGACAGCUUAGUUUUUCAGCGUCGGGUAGGUUAUUUCUCCCAGCAACAUCCUAUGACAAGUGAUUUGCAUUUUCCCCAGCACGAAACCAAUAUCGAACAGGUGCCGGUGAAGGGCAUCGACAAAGAAAUCCUUACACACGUCGCACGGUGCUCGCUCAAGACAAAAGUUCCCGAGGUAAGUCGUAUCUUAUCAGAAGAUCAAGAUUUAUUAAUAGCUUGAAGAAAUUUCAAUUGUAUUCGAAUUUUGCAGAUGUUGAUGGCAUCUACUUUUUACUUCUGUUGAGUCGCAUGUUCAAGUUCGGAAAACAUAUCCAAAUAGUAAACUACUAAAUGAACAUCAGGACAUCGCGGAUCGCUUGCUCGACAUCUGCGUCGAGUCCGUUCUGUGUGUGGACCGAAGACACAUCGCCGACGAGCCCAUCGAUCUUCACAUGAUCGAGAAAAUCACCAUGAAGCACAAGCUGGUGUCCGGAACCAGGCUUGUCCGGGGUAUGGUGAUGGACCACGGAAGCAGGCACCAGGACAUGCCGGCGCGGUUGGAAAACUGCUACAUUUUGACCUGCAACGUCUCAUUCGAGUACGAGAAGACCGAGGUAACUGAAACUAGUCUUCGAUUAGUACCCAUCGUGUAGAAGAUGUUGCUCAUGUUCGUCUCUGCUGUCGUUUCUAGACAUCAUAGAUCUAGUGCGUUCCAUGUGCUCCUGCAAUAGAUGAAAGAUCUGUAGCAGGAGGACGUCGAUUUACUGUUCAAUGAUAUUGUUGAAAUAAAUUUCUGCGUAGUGGAAAGAAAAUGAAGAAAAUGAUGCAUGACCACAUAACAGUUAUUAUAGAAAGGCAUUUCUUUUUGUCAUCUCCCCAACAGGUGAACAGCGGGUUUUUCUAUUCGUCCGCGGACCAGCGCGACAAGCUGGUGGAGUCGGAGCGUGCUUUCACGGACGACAAAGUGCGAAAAGUGAUCGAAUUGAAGAGGAAAGUGUGCGACGAAAACCCCUCCGACCCCCCGAAAACGUUUGUCGUGAUCAACCAGAAGGGCAUUGACGGACCAAGUCUGGAAUCCUUCGCCAGGGAGGGAAUCAUCGCGCUGCGACGGGCGAAGAGGAGAAAUAUGGAGCGGUAUUAUACUUAGGCUUUUGCAUCUAAUAUUCUUGUUGUAGUUCGUCUUUUCGUUUAUUCUAUAGGUUUUUUCAACAUGCGAGAAAGUGCGUGAAGGGCUAAUAAACAAAGAGACGUGCCGUACCUUUUGGAAUGAAGAACAAAAGUUUACAUUCAAUGUGACCGCAACAACUACAGGCUGGUGCUUGCCUGCGGGGGUAACGCGGUGAACAGCGUAGACGAUUUAGACGAAUCGGAUCUGGGUUACGCGGGCGUGGUUUACGAGCACCAGAUUGAGGACGACAAGUUCACGUUCAUCGAGCAACCCAAAAACCCGCACUCCUGCACGAUUUUGGUCACAGGACCCAACGAACACACCUUACACAUGAUGAAGGACGCAAUCAACGACGGGCUGAAAUCGGUAUGACCUUUAUUUAUACGCUGUUUGUUAUUUUCCAAUGCGAUCAUUUCAGCAUAGUAUAUUGUCAGACAUGACAUCUGCAGAUUUAUUCAGCGCUACUUUCACGGCAUCUUGUAUUGCGAACGAGCAGGAGUUCAAGGCAAAGGACGAAGAAAGAAAGCCAUCAUCAUCACAAAUGUUAAAUAGCUCGUCAACGUUCUGGAGGACGGCGCCGUCGUGCCGGGCGCGGGCUCCUUCGAGGUCGCAGCCCAUGCGCACUUGGAGGAUUUCAAGAAGACCGUGAGUGGCAAGGCAAGGUUAGGCGUGGAGAUUUUCGCGAAAGCGUUAUUGGUCAUCCCGAAGGUGCUGAUCGAGAACUCAGGUACCUUCAACUAAUCAAUACUGUUUGAUACCAUUUCCAUUGUUCAUCAUGCAGGUCCAACAUCAGGGAGCAUGAGUUCUGUCUCGUCACCAGUAUGAUCUCACAAAAUGUACAGUUUUGAAACAAGGCGUUCGUGCAUGAAGAAUUUUUUCCAAUACACAGGCCUCGACAUCCAGGAGAAGCUUCUGAACCUGUUAGCCGAACACGACCAAACGAAGGUGCCAGUAGGGCUCGAUGUGGGCACGGGGGAUGCUUUGUCCCCGGAGGCCGAGGGCAUCUACGACAACUACCGUGUCAAGAAGCAACUUUUCAACUUGGCUCCGGUCUUGGCCCAGCAAUUACUACUGGUAGACGAGAUCAUCCGGGCUGGGGUGCAAAUGAAGAAGAGUCGGGACCAGAUCGGUUAAGACGGAGCCGAAGCUGAUUUAUGAAUGGUUUUUUUCUGGAACUGUCUUUUUAUUUUCAGCCUUCUCUAGAGCCAAAUUUGUACAUUCUACGACAAUCACAUAUCACGACACGUGUCCACAGUAGUAUGUUCUAGCGACCGGCGAGGCUGGGCACAUCUACAUCUUCACUAACUACAUCCACCGGACUUUUUAAAAAUCCUAAAUCCUUCGAGCUUUCGAGAAUCAAAUUUGUUCACUCUUUUUGUUCUUUGCGAAGCUAUACCUCGUCCCGCGUGAUGGAAUCGCUGCGUGGUUUUGUUUGUUGCGAAAUAUGUGUCUCAACGCCGCACAGAAACGUUUGGUCGUGUCUGUAAUCUGUUCUUCCUUCUUUUGAAUCUGAAAGGGGUUUGGGUUUUUCUUUCAUAAAACAGCACCGAGCGAUUUAAGAGACGGAAACGGAAGAGAGCUGCUCAUGUGUGGUGCAGUUGUCAGCAUUUACUUCCACUACUUCGGUCCUCUGCGUCGACCGAGAGCACUUCAUACUUUCGGUCUCGUCCUGACUUGC